UUCUUGGCAGGUGGAAUUUUUCUAGGUACCGUUGCUACAGCAGGGAUGAUAGCAGGUUUUGGCACCACACUUGCCAUGACAAAAAAGAAGAAUCCAGACUGGUUCAGUAAGGGGAUUACUGCCACAGCUACAUUACCAGAGAGUGGUUCGUCACUGGCCUUACGAGCCCUAGGAUGGGGCUCACUCUACGCGUGGUGCGGAGUUGGAUUGCUCAGUUUUGCCAUCUGGAAGGCCCUGGGUGUGCACAGU